AUGGAUAACAGCUCACUCUUCGACGUCAAGGGCAAAAUCGUCCUCGUCACAGGCGGCGCGAAAGGCAUCGGUCGCAUGAUCAGCGAAGGCUUCGUCCAGAACGGCGCUACAGUGUACAUAUCAUCCCGCGACGCCAAAGCCUGCGAGGAAGCGUGCAAGGAAUUGAAUGCCCUCGGCAAAGGCAAGGCCGACUUCAUCGCAGCCGAUCUAUACAAGGAAGAUGCAGCAAAGAACAUAGCCGACGAGCUGAAAAAGAGAGCAGGCAAGCUUGAUGUCAUCGUCAACAAUAGCGGAAGCAACUGGGGCGAGUCGUACGAUAACUAUCCCGCCGCAGCAUGGGACCGUGUCCUCAACCUCAACCUAAAGCGCGUCUUCCAGCUCACGCAAGCCGUCACACCCCUCCUCGAAGCCGCUUCUACCCCGAGCUCACCAGCACGCAUCAUCAAUAUCGGCAGCGUCGACGGCCUACGUGUCCCCGCGCUCGAGACUUUCGCCUAUUCCGCUUCUAAAGCCGGUCUUCACCACAUGAGCAGAGUGCUAGCGAGCCACCUGGGCAAGCGCGGAAUUACAAGCAACACGAUCGCGUGCGGUCCCUUCCAGAGCAAGAUGAUGAAGGCUACAUUGGAGAAGUUCAAGGAUGUCAUUGAGAGCGGGAUACCAUUGGGACGCAUCGGCAGCCCGGAGGAUGUUGCGGGCACUUGCAUUUGGCUAUCGAGCCGCGCGGGAUCCUAUGUUAACGGCGCGACUAUCGCGUUGGACGGUGGUAGCGUCGUUGGCGCGAAGUUGUAA